UUAUGUCGGCCUAACCGUGAAUGUGCCCACCGUUGAUAGCGUGUGCGUGAGUACACAUGUCUAACUUACGGUGUGUUUUUGUUACGAUCUCCGGACGAAAAAUGUCGGCGAUACGUAAAUUAGGGGCCGCCGCUAAGCUGCUGUCCACAGCCCGUUGGCCCAGCGGAUCCAUCCUGCAAUGUCGCACCAUGCAGCACUACCCUAUCGACGAGAAUCUUUUCGGGUUGACCGAGGAGCAGCAACAGCUGCGCCAAACCGUGUUCAACUUCACCCAGAAGGAACUCGCUCCGUUCGCACAGGAAAUUGAUAAGCAGAAUGAGUUCAAGGAUCUACGAAAUUUCUGGCGGAAGCUCGGGGAGCUCGGUGUGCUGGGUGUAACGGUGAAACCGGAAUACGGUGGACUGGGCGGCUCAUACCUCGAUCACUGCAUCGUAAACGAGGAGAUAUCUCGCGCAUCCGGCUCUAUCGCCUUGUCGUACGGUGCGCACUCGAAUCUGUGCGUCAACCAGAUCCACCGGAAUGGCACCGAAGAGCAAAAGCAACGCUAUCUCCCGAAGCUGUGCAAUGGUGAACAUAUUGGGGCACUGGCCAUGUCUGAGGCUGGAUCCGGCAGUGAUGUUGUCUCAAUGAAGCUUCGAGCGGACAAGCAUGGUGACUACUUCGUGCUGAAUGGUAGUAAGUUUUGGAUUACCAACGGUCCCGUGGCCGAUACCUACGUGGUUUACGCGAAGACGGACGGCAGCGCAAAGCCGCAGCACGGCAUUACUGCGUUUAUCGUGGAACGCGGUAUGGGCGGCUUCACGCAGGGACCGAAGCUGGAUAAACUCGGCAUCCGAGGCAGCCCGACUAGCGAGUUGAUAUUCGAGGAUGUGAAAGUGCCGGCCGCUAACGUGCUGGGGGGACUCAACAAGGGCGUGUACGUGCUGAUGUCCGGACUGGAUCUAGAGCGACUGGUACUGGCCGCGGGUCCCGUUGGGCUGAUGCAGGCUGCUUGCGACGUUGCCUUCGAAUACGCCCACACUCGAAAACAGUUUAACACCCGGAUCGGAGAGUUUCAGUUGUUACAGGGAAAGAUGGCCGAUAUGUACACGACGAUGAACGCGUGCCGCGCGUACCUUUACUCGGUGGCGCGUGCCUGUGAUGUGGGAAAGGCGAAUCCGAAGGAUUGUGCUGGUGUCAUUCUAUACUGUGCCGAAAAGGCAACGCAGGUCGCACUGGAUUCGAUUCAAAUUUUGGGCGGAAAUGGAUACAUCAAUGACUAUCCGACCGGGCGCAUCAUGCGCGAUUGCAAGUUGUACGAAAUCGGAGCUGGCACGUCGGAAAUUCGACGGAUGCUGAUUGGGCGUUCGCUAAACAAGGAGUAUCAGUGAUUUCGCGACAAAGGAAGUCGCUGUAGCGUGCCUUAAGAAGCGCACGAUCACGCAAGCUUUCCACGAUGUGGCUCAAGACAACAACAAAAAGUGCAUUUAAUAGUUUUAAUAUAGCAACGUUUUAUAAAAACGUUUCUGUUGGAAUUGAAAGACAGGUUGCAUUUUAUAAAUUGCAGAAACAGACAAAUGUCUAAAGCAGAACCUUGCCAAUAAAGAAAUAUUUU